GUAAGGCAGCAUCGCUGGACGCAGGUGGGGGAGGCCUCCACUGCCCCCUUGGGCAGAAGGGAGGUGGCCUCUCAGACCCGCCCAGGCUCUGUGAUCCCUCCCCUGCCCCGCCGCGGGGGCGCGGGGUGGGCGGGGCAUUUGCGCAGGUAAAAAGCGGGGCGCGCAGGGGGACCUGGCAUUGCCUGCCAUGGCAACUCCGAGCCUCCCUCGGGCCCUGGGCCUGGGCCUGCUCGCGCUCUGCCUUCUGGCGUUCCUCCACAAUGCCUGUGCCCGCCCCCGCUCCGGGGAGGGUCUCAUAGGUGGCCGCAGGGACCUGUCUCCCAGCGACCCGCAGGUGCAGAAGGCGGCCCAGGCGGCGGUGGCCAGCUACAACAUGGGCAGCAACAGCCUCUACUACUUCCGGGACACCAACAUCCUCAAGGCGCAGAGCCAGUUGGUGGCCGGCAUCAAGUACUACCUGACUGUUGAGAUGGGGAGCACAGCCUGUCGCAAGAACAUGGCCACCGGAGACGGCGUGGAUAUCGCCACCUGCCCCUUUGCCACAGGAGUGCAGGAGGAGAAGCUGCGCUGUGACUUCGAGAUCCUAGUGGUCCCCUGGCAGAAUUCCUCCCAGCUUCUGAAGCACAACUGCGUGACCAUAUCGUAGACCCCUCGGGGCAUGGGGGCCGGGGGCGGCGGGGCUCAGGCGGGAAGGCACUUCAGGUCCAGGGAUGUACCUAUCACAAUAAAUUGCUGGCACUGCUUCUUG